AUGGCUUCAAUUGUGUUACCAGGCGAUACGAUACCAGCACCUUGGCUACAGCAAAAUAAGAAGAAAACGGUCGGAAAUGGUAUCAUUGUGCUUCCAGACAAAACUCUUCAAGCUAAUGUAGCUGGUGUUUUAAGAGUUACGGAAAAUGCGGUUUAUGUCGAGUCGAACGAGACACGAUACUUACCAAAAUCAGGAGAUUUGAUUGUGGGAACAGUAAUUGGACAGACUGGAGACUUUUUCAAGGUGGAUAUUGGUGGACCACAGUCUGCUUUGUUGAGUUUUCUGAGCUUUGAAGGUAAGUUUCUAUUGUUUUUGCUUUGAUUUUUAGGAUUUGAAGAUAACUUGGAGAAAAUUUGGACUCAUAAGGUUUAUGUUGGUAUCAUGGAUAAUAUCGCUAAAAUUUGUUAUGUUAACAUUGUCGGAUCUUUUUUAAAAUUGGACGAAAGUUGACGAGGAUGUUCAGGAUGAACAUAGUUUUAGAGCUAUGACUAAAAGCAUCUUUGAUGUGCCUAGUGUAAUAUAUUUUUUUUGGAUUUAAACCGCGUUUUCUUGCAAACUGGUAACAUAGACAACAUUUAAUUUGUUGAAUAGUAUUUACAGAAGUUUUUUUUCUAAAAAUACGACUUUUUUACAGGAGCCACAAAAAGAAAUCGUCCCCAAUUGAAAGUCGGAUCACUUGUUUAUGCUCAAGUUGUUAUGGCGUCGAAGAACGUUGAGCCGGAGCUGUCUUGUGUUGAUAUGGAUGGACGAGCUGAAGGCAUGGGUAUUAUGAAAGAUGCUGGUAUAGUGGUGCACAUUCCUCUAAAUUAUGCUCGAAGAUUGCUUCAACCCGAAGAUAAACUGCUGAAGUUAAUUGGGAAGAAGUUUAAAUGCGAAUUGGUGGUUGGAAUGAAUGGGCAAGUGUUGUAAGUUUAUUCUUUUAUAUUAUCUCUUGUUUUAGGUACAUUUUGCGGUGUAAAUCAAGCAGUAUAAUGCUCAGGGUAUACCAAAAUUGAAAAUUACUGUACUUGAGGUCACGAUUUUGCUAAAUAGCUCAAAAUUUUGCCAUUUCUAGUUAAAAACAAGCAGUAAUGCCAUUUCAAAUCAUUAUAACUAUUCAUUUUAGAAUAAUAGGAUCUCCUCGAACAGUGACAGCCAUUUACAGGAUAUUGGAUAGGUGUGAGGACACGUUUGAGGUCAAUUAUGACAAGCUCGUGGACUCAGUUGAUGCACAAGAAGAUGAACAGACUGAUGUUAAAAUGGAAGAGUAG